AUGAAAGCUGCAAACCCGAGUGGGGUGCAGCACCAUCAGAUGGAGUCAAUCGAGGAGAACAAAACCGCCGACAACCAUUGCUCGUCUACCGCUGAAAGCGAUGACCGCAGAGACAGCUCUACUUGUGGUGCUUCUCAUGGCACAACUCAUCACCCUACGCACAGUCACCGUCCGUUGCAACAAGAUGCCAGUGCAUCUACGUCCUCGCUAGCACCGCAUGAAGCGUCGGUGAACUCUGUCGCUACUUCGGAUCGAGCAAUCGCUUCCCCUUCACGCGGUGGCCAGAGCAGUGCAUCGACGCCCACAAAGUUGCCUGGUCUCGACGACACUUCGCGCACCGUUUCUCCUGCCGAGAACGCUAUUCUGGCGAAAAAGCGUGAGAGCCACCGCGCGUAUCUCAAGAGCAAUAGCGAUUUCAACCGUGCUCGGAUCAAGUACGUGUCGAUCGAAGCCGAGCUCCGUCUGGCCGAGUUCUGGCUGGAGGUCAUGACAAAGAAUCUCGAAGACGUGGGCAAGCGCAUUGAAGUCCACGACUGGAAUUUCCAGAAACUCACAGGCCAAGAUGAGUCCAAUGUGGCCUAA